AUGGCUCCGUGGCUGCUGUGGCUGCUGCUGGUGACCGGGACCGGGGGGGUCCCCCUUGAGCCCCGGGCGGUACCGGAGCCUCCCCGGGCGGUACCGGAGCCCCCCCGGGAGAUACCGGAGCCCCCCCGGGCGGUACCGGAGCCCCGGGCGGUGUCGGACGCGGAGCUCCGGGAGCUCUCGGAGCAGCUGCUCGCCGCGGACUCGAACCGGGCCGGGCCGGGGCAGCUGGAGCUGAACCUGCAGGGCUCGGGCAGGCUGUUUGCGCGGGUGUCCCCGUCCCUCCUGGCUGUCCCCACGGUCUCGGCGCUCCUGGCCCUGCUGGACAAUUACGAGCAGCGCCCGGGCCGGGCGGAGGCGGAGCCGCCGGAGGAGCUGCAGGAGCAGCAGCGGUUCCUGGAGGCCGCGCUGGCCACGCCGGUGCUGGCGCUGCUCGAGCGCUUCGUGCUCCACAAAGGGCUGUACCCCUCGGCCGAGGCGUUCCGGGCCGAUCUCCACUCCAUGUGGUUUGGGCUCUACUCGCGCUCCGGAGGGAAAGUGCUGGACUCGUGCGGCUUCGAGCACGUGUUCGUGGGGGAGGUGAAGAAGGACGCGGUGUCCGGGUGCCACAACUGGGUGCAGCUGCAGGCGCUGGAGAGCGCGGGGAGGCUGCAGUACCUGGCUGCUCCUGGGACGUGGGCGGCCUUCCCGGACGUGCUGUCGCUGCGGUUCCGCUGGGACGGGCACCUCAAAGCGCGGGGGUCGCUCCUGGUGGGCUCCAGCCCCGAGUUCGACCUGGCGCUGUUCACCCUCUGCUUCCUGGCACGGCCCGGACGCCAGUGCCACAUCAGCCUGGGGGCGAGGCUGCCACCAUCCAGACCUACAGCUGGGACAAGCAGCGCCUGUGGCCUCAGCGUACCCCCUGACCCCACAGUGAACUCCACAGAACCCCCUGACCCCACAGUGAACCCCACAGGACCCCCCUGA